AUGGCAAACUCUAUUCUCUUCGUUACUCUCUUCUUCUUCUUCUCAAUGACUCUCUCUUCUUCAUCCACUAACACAAAACACUUCACCGUCGAGCUGAUCCACCGUGACUCUCCUCAUUCCCCUCUCUACAACCCAAAAACCACCCUCACCGACCGUCUCCACUCCUCUUUCCUCCGCUCCAUCUCUCGUUCCCGCCGCUUCACCCACCAAACCGAUCUCCAGUCCGGUCUAAUAGGAGCAGGUGGAGAGUUCUUCAUGAGUAUCACCAUCGGCACACCACCAGUGAACAUCCUCGCGAUAGCCGACACGGGAAGCGACCUAACUUGGGUCCAAUGCAAGCCCUGUCAACAAUGUUACAAAGAGAACGGUGCAAUCUUCGACAGCCAAAAAUCCUCUUCUUACAAAAGCGAGACUUGCGAGUCACGUCACUGUAACGCUUUGUCUACCAACGAACGUGGAUGCGACGAAGGUAAAGAUGUUUGUAAGUACCGUUACUCGUACGGAGACCAGUCUUUCACGAAAGGUGACGUUGCUACGGAGACUAUCUCUAUUGGUUCUGCUUCAGGCGAGACUUGCGAGUCACGUCACUGUAACGCUUUGUCUACCAACGAACGUGGAUGCGACGAAGGUAAAGAUGUUUGUAAGUACCGUUACUCGUACGGAGACCAGUCUUUCACGAAAGGUGACGUUGCUACGGAGACUAUCUCUAUUGGUUCUGCUUCAGGGUCCCCUGUUUCUUUUCCCGGAACUGUGUUUGGUUGCGGUUAUAACAACGGUGGUAACUUCGACGAGACUGGCUCGGGGAUUGUAGGUCUCGGUGGUGGUGAUUUAUCUCUGAUCUCUCAGCUAAGUUCGUCGAUUUCGAGUAAAUUCUCUUAUUGCUUGUCGCACAAGUCAUCUACUAUGAAUGGUACAAGCGUUAUAAACCUAGGAACCAGCUCGAUUCCUUCCGGUACAAGUAAAGUUUUGGUAUCAACUCCUUUGGUGGAUAAAGAUCCUCAGACUUACUACUACUUGACGUUAGAAGCUAUCUCCGUCGGCAACACAAAGAUUCCAUACACGGGGACCAUGAAUUACCCUAACGACGAUGGAGUAUCCUCAGCCACUAAGGGGAACAUUAUUAUCGACUCGGGAACUACACUGACGCUUCUUGAGUCUGGUUUUUACGACAAGUUUGGCGCGGCGGUGGAAGAGUCGGUGACUGGAGCGAAGCGUGUGAGUGAUCCACAGGGGCUUUUGUCGCAUUGUUUUAAGUCGGGGAGUGCGGAGAUUGGUUUGCCGGAGAUAAUUGUGCAUUUUAGUGGAGCUGAUGUGAGGCUUAGUGCGUUGAAUGCGUUUGUGAAAGUGAGUGAAGAUAUGGUUUGCUUGAGUAUGAUUCCGACCACUGAGGUUGCUAUUUAUGGGAACUUUGCUCAGAUGGAUUUUUUGGUUGGGUAUGAUUUGGAGACGAGAAGGGUUUCGUUUCAACGUAUGGAUUGCUCUGCUGAGUAG